UCCUUCCGCAGACUUUGUGUGUAAGAUAUGAUUUUGGUCUUCGUACUUUAAGUAAGGAAACGUACCACCGCUUAUAAAAUAGGACCAAACUCAACACAAUCUUUGAAACCAAAGACAAAGGAAAAUAAAAGCUUCAAUAUAAAUUUUGUUUAUGAUAUUCCACACACAUAAAUUUAGAUUAAUAUGGAGGAUACGUCUCUUCUUAGCCCAAUCUCUCUCCUCACCAUUGUUAUCUUCUUGUUCAUUCUCAAUCUCAUGAUGAUAAUUCAAGACUUCUCUUCUUCUUUUCCCUUUCGUUUCCAUCUCUUCUUCUCUAAUGCCUACAUUCUCUUUGCCUCACCAAGCAACAAUAAGCACAAGACCGAGCUCCCAAUCAUAAAGAAAGCCUUCGUUCCGAACCGAGUAGAUAAUAAGACGUCCCUAGAGGAAGUGAAGGCGGUUAUCGAUGACUCGGAAGGUUUAUACGAACGUUUGAUAGAAGAAGGAGAAGAGUACUUGCUUGAGAAGAAUGAGAUGAUGAGUAAGGAGUUAGUGAAGGAGGCGUUUCGGUUAUUUGAUGAGAAUCAAGAUGGGUUUAUAGAUGAGAACGAGUUGAAAAAUGUGUUGAGUUUGUUGGGAUACCAUGAGUGUACAAAGAUGGAGUGUAGGAAGAUGAUUAAUGUUUUUGAUGAGAAUAGAGAUGGUAACAUUGAUUUUUAUGAGUUUGUGAAGCUCAUAGAGAAGAGCUUUUCGUGAAGUAUGGCUAGAGAUUUAAAAUAAUAAUAAAAACUAAUGUUCUGAGCUAAAUUGGUGACUUAUCUAAAUAUACUUUUCUU